GGUUACACCACCACCACUUUCUGUUCUCUGCUCUUUACUCACUCUCUCUCUCUCCUCCUUACCCUACCCAUACCCACCCAAACAAAACCAGCCAAAAUGCCCCGCAAGUUCUUCGUUGGUGGUAACUUCAAGAUGAACGGCUCGCAGGCCUCGAUCAAGACGAUCGUCGAGGGCCUCAACGACGCCAAGCUCGACGGCUCGAACGACGUCGUCAUCGCCCCCCCUGCGCUCUACCUCAUCUCUGUCGCGGCGGCCGUCAAGGCGCCCGUCGAGGUCGCCGCGCAGAACGCCUACAUCAAGCAGUCGGGCGCGUUCACUGGCGAGAUCUCCCCCGAGCAGAUCAAGGACGCCGGCGUGCCGUGGGUCAUCCUCGGCCACUCUGAGCGCCGCUCCCUCUUCCACGACUCGGACGAGGCCGUCGCCCAGAAGGUCAAGCUCGCCAUCGACACGGGCCUCAAGGUCAUUGCGUGCAUCGGCGAGACGCUCGAGGAGCGCGAGCAGGGCAUCACGAGCCAGGUCAACCAGCGCCAGCUCGAGGCCAUUGCCGCUGCCAUCCCCGAGGCUGCUUGGAAGGACAUUGUCGUCGCCUAUGAGCCCGUCUGGGCCAUCGGCACGGGCAAGGUCGCCACCGUCGAGCAGGCGCAGGAGGUGCACGCCGACCUGCGCCAGUGGCUCGCCAAGCGCGUCUCGCCCGCCGUCGCCGAGGCCACGCGCAUCAUCUACGGCGGCUCGGUCACGGCCAAGAACUCGCCCGAGCUCGCCAAGGCGGCCGACAUUGACGGCUUCCUCGUCGGCGGCGCCUCGCUCAAGCCCGAGUUUGUCGAGAUUGCCCGCACCAAGGCUUAGGAUGCGGCCCGUGUGCAGCAGCAGGCGCGGCGUGCGAGGAUGUAGCGAGCGUCGCGUAAGGUGGAGGAUCUGGAGGUCUCAAGGAUCUGUUACAGGCAUCUGAGGGUAUCGACAGGAUCUAUGCAAUGCAGUAGUAGUUA